GAUGGAAGGGUAGAAGGAAGGAAGGAAGAAAGAAAACAGCUGUUUUAAAGCACUGCUACUCAAAAGGUGGUCUGUAGACUGGUGGUGUUCCAUGCUGAGAUAAUUACAAAAUUUGAUAGUAAGCUGUAAAUAUAUAUAUAUUUUAAAAAGCUAUAUAUGUUAACUAUCUCACUGUUUCUAUGCAUCAAGAAUCCUGGUGGGGCUUAACUGAGUGCCUUUGGCUCAUAACGUUGCAGUCAAGCUCUUGUGCAGGGCUGCAGUCUUAUCUGAAGACUUGACAGGAGAAGGAUCUACUUCUAAGCUCACACACAUGGAGCUCCUCACAGGGCUGCUUCACAUGGCACCUGGCUUCCCCAGAGAUCAUGUCAGUGAUAUAGCCUUAAAAGCCAUGAAGAAUAUUCCCUUUUGGUUCACUGAGUUCCACAGGAUCCAAAGGUUUACACCAUGGAUAACACAGAGGAGAAGAAUGACAGCACAAAGGAGAAGAAUGACAAUUACAAAGAUGACCUUCUGCUAAGGGUGGGACUUAAUGAUAAUAAAGCUGGAAUGGAAGGAUUAGAUAAAGAGAAAAUUAACAAAAUUAUAAUGGAAGCCACAAAGGGGUCCAGAUUUUAUGGAAACGAGCUCAAGAAAGAAAAGCAAGUCAACCAACGAAUUGAAAAUAUGAUGCAACAAAAAGCUCAAAUUACCAGCCAGCAGCUAAGGAAAGCACAAUUACAGGUUGACAGAUUUGCAAUGGAAUUGGAACACAGCCGGGAUCUGAACAAUACCAUAGUACACAUUGACAUGGAUGCUUUCUAUGCAGCUGUAGAAAUGAGGGACAAUCCAGAACUGAAGGAUAAACCCAUUGCUGUAGGAUCAGUGAGUAUGUUGUCUACUUCGAAUUACCAUGCAAGGAGAUUUGGUGUUCGUGCAGCCAUGCCAGGAUUCAUUGCAAAAAGACUCUGCCCACAACUUAUUAUAGUGCCCCCAAACUUUGACAAAUACCGAGCUGUGAGUAGAGAGGUUAAAGAAAUACUUGCUGAUUAUGAUCCCAAUUUUAUGGCCAUGAGUCUUGAUGAAGCUUACGUGAAUAUAACAAAGCAUUUAGAGGAAAGACAAAAUUGGCCUGAGGACAAAAGGAAGUAUUUCAUCAAAACAGGGAACUCUCUAGAAAAUGAUAAACCAGGAAAGAAAGUUAAUAAACUGCAUGAGCAGGAACGAUCCAUCUCUCCUCUACUUUUUGAAGAUAGUCCUCCUGAUUUGCAGUCCCCAGGAAAUCCUUUCCAAGUGAACUUUGAAGAACUGAAUAAUCUUCAAAUACUCCAAAACUCAAUUGUUUUUGGAACAUCAGCUGAGGAAGUGGUAAAGGAAAUUCGUUUCAGAAUCGAGCAAAAAACUACACUGACAGCCAGUGCAGGCAUUGCACCAAAUACAAUGUUAGCGAAAGUAUGCAGUGAUAAGAAUAAACCAAAUGGACAAUACCAAAUUCUUCCUAAUAGACAAGCUGUGAUGGACUUCAUCAAGGACUUACCCAUUAGAAAGGUUUCUGGAAUAGGAAAAGUUACAGAGAAAAUGUUGAAGGCCCUUGGAAUCAUUACUUGUACAGAACUCUACCAACAGAGGGCAUUACUUUCUCUCCUUUUCUCUGAAACAUCUUGGCAUUAUUUCCUUCAUAUUUCCCUGGGUCUAGGUUCAACACACCUGGCAAGGGAUGGAGAGAGGAAAAGCAUGAGUGUUGAGAGAACAUUCAGUGAGAUAAGUAAAGCAGAAGAACAGUAUAGCUUGUGCCAAGAACUUUGCAGUGAACUUGCUCAAGAUCUGCAGAAAGAAGGACUUAAGGGUAGAACUGUUACCAUUAAGCUAAAGAAUGUGAAUUUUGAAGUAAAAACUCGUGCAUCUACAGUUUCAUCUGUUGUUUCUACUGCAGAAGAAAUAUUUGCUAUUGCUAAAGAAUUGCUAAGAACAGAAAUUGAUGCUGAUUUUCCACAUCCCUUGAGAUUAAGACUUAUGGGGGUGCGGCUAUCUAGUUUUCCCAAUGAAGAGGAGAAGAAACACCAACAAAGGAGCAUUAUUGGCUUCUUACAGCCUGGAAACCAAGCUCUGUCAGCCACCAGGUGUAUCCUAGAGAAAACUGACAAAGAUCAGUUUCUAAAACCUCUAGAAAUGUCUCAUAAGAAGAGUUUCUUUGAUAAAAAACGAUCUGAAAGGAAUUGGAGCUACCAGGACACAUUUAAAUGUGAAACUGUAGAUAAACAAAGUUUACAGACAUCACAAUCCUUCCAAGUUUUAAAGAAGAGGAUGAAUGAGAAUUUAGAAACAUUGGAGAAUUCAGAUAACUGUCAGGUAUUUACCUGUCCUGUUUGCUUCAGGGAGCAAGGAAGCAUCAGUCUGGAAGCCUUUAAUAAACACGUAGAUGCAUGUCUUGAUGGACCUUCCAUCAGUGGAAACUCUAAAAUGUCUUCACGUUCACAUGCUUCAUCUACAGAAGUGAAUGAGAAAGAAAAUGUACAUGAUUCUGUUUCUGUCUGUGAGAAGCAGGAUUAUGAAACUCAUCAGAAGAAUACAGAGAUCAUAUCAGUAGAUUCUGUAGAGUUGGCAGAGACUACUGGUAAUCCAUCUAAUACAGAAGGUGUAGAUGCUCUAAGUAAUAAGCACAGCGAAGAGGAAUGUUCUAGUCUUCCAAGCAAAUCGUUUAAUAUGGAGCACUGUCCUCAGAAUUGUUGCGCUGUUUCACUGGAAAAUGAAGGUGUUGCAUCAUUAAGAAGGAAAGAGCCCCUACAACCUUAUUUAUAUGAAGUGAUCAGUGACCAAGUCCUCAUUUGUCCUGUUUGUAACCUAGAACAAAAGACUUCAGAUCUUACCCUAUUCAAUGUGCAUGUAGAUGUUUGCUUAAAUAAAGGCAUUAUCCAGGAACUGAGAAAGGAUAAGUUUAAUCCAGUUAACCAACCCAAAGAAAGCACCGCAAAUACUGAUAACUCAGGCAAAGUACAGAAGAUUGGAACAAAAGCAAACAGGCCAGGACUGAUGACAAAGUACUCAGCAUCAAAGAAAACAAAACCAAACAGUCCCAGACACACCCUUGAUGUAUUUUUUAAAUGAACGUUGAACAUUUUUUCAUUAAUUUUUGAUUGAAACUUGUUAUUUUACAAUCAAUGAAUGUAUUCUUCCCCAUUCCAGGCCUACAGAUUCAUUGAGUGAAAGGCAAGUGCAAUAAGCCCUCCCCAAAUGACAUUUCCUUUAUAUGAAUUUGGAAUAUAUACUAAUUUACUUCUGUAUAUUUUUUUGAUAACAAUGAGAAUUUCACUUCCAUUAUACUUCAGUUGGAAAUCAGUCCUGUUAGAGAUAAUUUUAAAAUGAGAAGUUAGGAAUGGGAUCAGGAAGUGAUUUCUUUCUUUAUUAUGUUUUAUAAUGAAUAUAAAAACUUAACAUUUAUAAGAGUUCUCAGAAGUUCAGAUAAACCUAUCUGAAUUUUUCAGCACUUAACCACUUUGUUGGCACUGGACUGCUAUGUUUGAUCUUAGUAUCUUCUACAACUUUGUAUAAUUAUAUUUUAACUCCUAGUAUCUUCAGAUACCUCAUGAACAUUCAUAAUUAGUACUUAUCUUGAGUUCUAUGAAGAGUAUUAGCUUAGCAGAACUAGCAUGAGUGGUUUUGUUACCUUCAGGAAAAUAAUGUCAGAGUAUUAUUUGCUAUGUCAAAAGAAUUUUUGUUUAAAAUAUGAUUAUUCAUUUGAUUUUUUUAAUUUAAAAUUUCUUUAAUGAAUAAGCACUUGGUUCACUUUAAAAAAUAUUUAGUCUAAGAUUCAAGGUAAUUAUUUUAUCUAGGACUUUUAAAUAGCAAUAUUUCAUUCCUUGGCAGUUAUAUUUGCACUUCACAAAAAUCUGUAAAAAAGGAUAAAUUGUACACUCACUUCAUUUUUAUUAUGACCUUCUAGAGAAGAAUGUGCAAUUCAAAAGAUUAAUGUGUGUUAAAACACCUCAUUUAUCUUAGUUAUAUUUCUAUCAUGUUUUCAUUAAUAUUUGCAAAAGAAGACAGCUUAACAGUAGUUAGCUUAAGUAGUUGCUCUAAAUAUUUUUGUGCUAUCAAUAGAGGAGUUUUUAUCAAAAAAACAAUUAUUUAAUUGAAACAUGAAGAUGGAACCCAUUUUCUAUUACUGCUUUAAGGAACUGAAUCUUUUGUUCUCAUAUUUUUCUCUUUUCAUAUUUUAUAGCUCAUUACCUAAAUGUAUAAAGACAGUGUUUUAGGAAUAGCGUAAAUUAGGAUCUCGCACAACCUUUGGCCAAAGUGGUAAUUUCACUUUAAAUUACUAGAUGGUUUAAAAUUAGGCUUAAUGUUUAUUAACGUACCAAUUUCAUGCCUAAUAUUAUUAUAUGCUAUGGUGAAUACCUAGUUGUAGAGCUACGCUUCUUGAUUGUGUGAUUUACUUACAUUAAUUCUCUACAAAAUUAAGUUCAAUGAAGCACUGAUUUAAUGUAUUGAAAAGUAGAUAGCACCAUAUUUGUUCUUUUCUGUUCCAUCUUGUUUCAAGUUCAUUUUUAUUGUGUUUUCAACAUUAGAGUGAAUACUAAAUUAUUUUCACUUAGAUGAUUCAUUUAAUUGAAUGUUAUUAUUUAGUAAUAUUUAAUAAAAAUUUAAAAUGAAA